AUGCGGGUAAUCCAGCUGAACCUGAACCACUGCAGAGCCGCGCAGGAUCUCCUGGCGCAGACGGUGAGGGAAUGUGGAUCGGACCUUGCCAUACUUAGCGAACCAUACAAAGCGUGCGACACCAGGCACUGGGCCUCAGACUCGACUGGGAAGGCAUCCCUGUGGGCCUGCGGAAGCGACCCCCCCAAGCUCUGCAACAUCAAGGCAGGAAACGGGUACGUGCGUGCGAAAGUUGGGAACUUGUGGACCUACAGCUGCUAUCUAGCGCCCAGUCUACUCCUCGAUUCCUUCAACCGGAUCAUCGAGGAAAUUGUCGACGAUGCACGGAGCCGUACAAACGUACUGAUCGCCGGGGAUUACAAUGCGUGGGCACAGGAGUGGGGCUGCCAAUCUACCAACGCAAGAGGCCGUUCCCUAUUGGAAGCGUUUGCAUCGCUGGACCUAGCUUUGCUGAACGAAGGCACCCAGCAAACAUUCAGCAGGGCGAGCGGAGGCUCCAUCAUAGACCUCACGUUCUCGAGCCCGUCGCUCUCACGCGAAGCUAGGUGGCAAAUGGCAAAUGUGUACACAGGAAGCGACCACGAAGCCAUACUGUGCACCAUCGGAGAGCGCCUCAGACCUAGCAGAACAUACUGCAGGAGCAAGGCCUACAUCGAGGACACGCUCGACACCAGAGCGAUCGCCAGGUGCCUGGAGUCGUGGCAUGACACACUCGAUGCAAGCGCCAACGAGGCAGCCAACCUUCUCGCCACGAGAAUGGAGGAGGCCUGCGACUCGAGCAUGAGGCAGCGUAAGCCGUUCACGAGGCACCACGAGCCGAUUGCCUGGUGGACCCCGGAAAUCGCACGACUCCGGACAAUGUGCAUGAAGGCCAGGCGAGCAAUGCAGAGAGCGAGACGUACGGCCCGACUCGACUCGGCACUGGAAGAGUACGGGUCCGCCAGGAAAGCCCUGAAAAAGGCGAUACGAAGCAGCAAACGCGAAUGUUUCCUCAAGCUGUGCGACUCGGCGGAUAAAGACCCCGGGGCAGGGCCUACAAGCUCGUGGCGAAGAAGCUCUGUGCAGGGAGCAAGGCGCCAACUGAACCCGACGCGCUCGAGGCCAUAG